AUGAAGGACGCCGACGACUGUUGCGGGACCACCGUUUUCGGGUGUUUUCCGGGCGCGAGGCGCAAAAAUAAACAGCCAAAGGCGAAAUCGCCGCCUCCUGUACAGCACUUACAGGGGGACAGCCCGGGCGGCUCGGUGCAGGCGUUCUACCGGCAAAACCGUGGAAAGUCGUGCCGGAAAAUCAUGCGGUUCAACGGAUAUCCGAACAAAGUUCUUCUUUAUCCGGAAGAAGGAUGGGCACGAAGUGCAGUUUCGAGUUAUUGGACCCUCACGCCAACUUGGUGGAAUCGAAGCAAAUGUAAAGUAGUAGAAGUCACAGGCACUAGGAAGUAUACAACAUUGGCUAAAAUGGUAGACACCGAUACCGGCAACCUUUUUAUCGUCGGUUCAUUUAAUAAACGUACUGAUCCAGAUUUUAAAUUAUGCCUUACGUCCAAUGUGAGCACAGCUGACUUCAACAUGGGCUACAGUAUCACCGGUUCGUUGGAGUGUGGAUCCACAAAAAACAACAGUUUCCAAACAACACAUUUCGCCGUUAUUCGGAGAAGAGAUUUCGAUACAAAUCGGCCGUAA